AUGGCUCUAAAGAAGAAUAUAAAUACUAAAUCAACUAAUAAAUCAUCUUCAUCAACAUCAAAGAUAAAAAAGAAAGCAGCCAACACUACAUCAUCAAAAUUGAAAUCAAAAUCAAAGUCAACGAAAAUAAAAAUAGAUAAGUUGAAUAAUGAUAUUUCACAAUUCACAGAAGUACAGAAUUUGUUAGCUACUAAUGAUAAUAAACAAGCACCAAAGAAAACAAGAGCUUUAGAUUCAAUAAAAGAGGAUUUACAAAAGGAUGAAGAAUUGAAAAAGAAAAAUAAACUAGUUGAAAACGAUCUCAAUAAACAAUUGGAAUUAUUAACGGAGAUGGGGCUAUAA